CAUCAGCCCCCGAGCCGAGCACGGGAGCUCGAGCCUCAACCACUCUCACAACAGUGGCAUGCUUCAUGGAGUUAUGUACCGCGCGCUGCCCUCUCAACUGUCGACAUGGAUUGCAAAUCGCGAGCACUUUUUAUUUCUACCCUCUUUUUCUCUUUUAUUCACCCGGCGCUUCUGAGCACACAUCCAUCCAAUGAAGUCAACCUGUUGGACUCCAAAGCGAGCCAAGGGGAGCUGGGAUGGAUGUCCUACCCAUCGCAUGGGUGGGAGGAGAUCAGCGGAGUGGACGAACACUACACGCCCAUCCGAACCUUCCAGGUGUGCAAUGUGAUGGAGUACAGCCAGAACAACUGGCUGAGGACCAACUGGAUCCAGCGCCAGUCCGCCCAGAAGAUCUACGUGGAGCUCAAGUUCACCCUCCGCGACUGCAACUCCAUCCCACUGGUCCUGGGCACCUGCAAGGAGACCUUCAACCUCCUGUACCUGGAGACGGACGAGGACCAGGGGAGCCGCUUCCGGGAGCACCAGUUCACCAAGAUCGACACCAUCGCUGCCGACGAGAGCUUCACCCAGAUGGACCUGGGCGACCGCAUCCUCAAACUGAACACUGAGGUCCGGGAGGUGGGGCCCGUCACUCGGAAAGGCUUCUACCUGGCCUUCCAGGACGUGGGGGCGUGUGUGGCGUUGGUGUCGGUCAGGGUCUACUUCAAGAAGUGCCCGUUCACCGUCAGGAACCUGGCCUCCUUCCCCGACACGGUGCCCAUGGACUCCCAGUCACUGGUGGAGGUGAAGGGCUCGUGUGUCAAUCACUCCAAGGAGGAGGAGUCACCGCGUAUGUACUGCAGUACGGAGGGGGAGUGGCUUGUGCCCAUAGGGAAGUGCCUGUGUAACCCGGGAUACGAGGAGCGAGGGAGCAGCUGCCAAGGUGAGACAAUUUCUCUGCAGCAUCUCACCGGUUCAGCCCAGACACUGAGAGGCUCAUCUAAUCCACAUAAACACGACGCCCAGUUUACGGAUCAGCUGGUGGGCAUGCUGCGUGGCAUCGCCUCGGGCAAGUACCUGUCAGACAUGGGCUACGUUCACAGAGACCUGGCAGCACGCAACAUCCUGGUCAACAGCAACCUGGUGUGUAAGGUGUCUGACUUCGGCCUGUCCAGAGUCCUGGAGGACGACCCGGAGGCUGCAUACACCACACGGGGAGGUAAGAUCCCCAUCAGGUGGACAGCUCCAGAAGCCAUCGCCUACAGGAAGUUCACCUCGGCGAGCGACGCCUGGAGCUAUGGCAUUGUUCUCUGGGAAGUGAUGUCAUAUGGGGAGCGGCCUUACUGGGAGAUGUCCAAUCAGGAUGUGAUCAAGGCGGUGGAUGAGGGCUACCGGCUGCCCCCGCCCAUGGACUGCCCCGCUGCUCUGUACCAGCUGAUGCUUGACUGCUGGCAGAAGGAGAGGAACAACCGACCCAAGUUUGAGCAGAUCGUCAGCAUCCUGGAUAAGCUCAUCCGCAACCCCGGCAGCCUCAAGAUCACGGCCAACACCACAUCCAGGCCUGUUAAUCUCCUCCUGGACAGGAGCAGUAUCGAGGUGACGUCCCUGGACACCAUGGGUGACUGGCUGGACAGCAUGAGGACUCUGCCCUGUAAGGAGGCCUUCUCUGGGGUCAGCUACAGUUCCUGCGACACCCUGGCCAAGACCUCAGCAGAAAUCUGCCUGACGGAGGUCCACGUGACAGCAGCCUCCUGCCCAGAGUGGGAGCCCUCCAUGGGGAUCACCACCCUCUAACGCCCCCCUCAGGGACUGGAUGGGAUCUAAAGAAGGUUGGUGUGACUAUCGUAGGCCCACAGAAGAAGAUAGUGAGCAGCAUCAAAGCACUUGAGACUCACACCAAGAAUGGCCCAGUCCCUGUUUGAAAGCCCUCCAGAGACCCAGGUUCUGUCAGUCAGGCUUCGGCCUGCUCCCAUGACAGACCUGAGAACUCAGUGUCAAACAACACAAGGAAGUAGAACAUUAGGAUAACGCUCCCAAGAAAGGCAUAAUGGCCCUCGGAAAGAUGAUCACUUCCUCAACAUAGGAAGUUCAAGCAGCAGUAGGCCUUGGGGUCCUGAGGUCUGGGGCCUGAUUCUGGGGUCUGGGAGCAUUGGUAUGGGCCCUUGACCGGGGAAUUGGUCUGGGGUCUGGGAUGGGAUUUGAGGGCUUCAGUCGUGGGUCUAUCCCAUUUAUUAGACCUGAGUCUGGACAACAGGGCUCAGUGUGACCUCAGUAAGGAUGUUUUGCUGUGAACAAAUCCUUUCUCAGUCUCCCCUGAUUGGAUUUGACUGACAGCUCAUGACUGUGGACGGGGAGAGGUGAAAUGCCUUGAGUAGAACAUAGCAGAUGGCAGCAAACAAUCUGGACCCUGGACCUGGUUUCCGACCUGGUUCUUGACCUUCCGUUUUUACGGUCCAACGUACUGUAGUAGUGCCUGAACAGCAGGUCUCAGUCAUCAACACUACAGGUCCUGAGAGAUAAAUAAACCGGAGAUCCACUGAACAGACCCAGGACAGUCACAAGCCAUUUAUACUGUAGCUCUAACAGUUCAGUACCAAUGUACACAUGCAGUCGUGGUGAGGUGCAAAGCAAUAAUUAUCAUAAUUUCCAUAAUUUUCAGUCUCCCUAAGAAGGAACCAUGACACUAGGAAGCACAUAGUCUCCUGUCGCCCACUGGCUAGUUUGCACCGAUGACAUACUAUAAGAGACUCUUCAACCAUCACAACAUCACAGAGUGACUACAUGAAGUGAGAUGUGAGCGGGUGAAGAAGACUGCUCUGACGGAAAUCUCUGGAACAGGUGUUGGUUCUCUGUUCAAUCUGAGAGAGAGAGAGAGAGAGAGAGAGAGAGAGAGAGAGAGAGAGAGAGAGAGAGAGAGAGAGAGAGAGAGAGAGAGAGAGAGAGAGAGAGUGCAAAAAAGAGAGGGAAAGAUAUAAAGAAAAUGGUGAGAGGCAGAAAGUGGACAGGUUGUGAGAGACAGGUAGUGCUAAAGAAAGGACAGAGAGACUACUUCAGAUGCUGUCCAAUGCUGAGCUGUGUUGCAAAUCUGUGAUGUAGAGUGUAUGUGUGUUGAAUUGACUGGGUCUGUAGGUCCUCCUGGUAGCAGAACGGAUAACUGUAAUAUGUUCAGAGAGUCCGGUUCCACCUGGUCCUGUCCAGUCCAGUCCGUCCUCCGCCACCCCCUCUCCCCCGGCUCUGGACUGCUGCUGCUAUCUGUGUGUUCUAUGUGCAUGUACAUAUGUAAACACACCUGUAAUGAGUGCUCUCCUAGUGGUACUGUCCCAUACAUGGCCAUCCCCUUUGUACAAAUGUUUGUAUGUAUAAAAGAAUCAACAAAAUAUCUGCGCCACAUUUUAAAAAAUGACAACAAAUCCUUUGUACUAUACGUUAUGUUAUUUUGAAUUAUAUUUGUUUCUUCUUCUUUUUUUUUUCUACAGUUAAAAAAAUCUAUUAUUACUUUAUUUAUUUGUUAACCUAUGACGUGCAAAGUUGAAUGUUUUGUUUGUAGCAUACCAGUAAGUUAUCAGUGUUUUCUAUUUUACUUCCUAAACAUUUUGAUGGAGCAAUACUGUUAUGCACCCCAUCCCCAGCCAGUUUGAUUUGAUCUGCUUUCUUUAGACUGACCUGUAUGUCUGUGUGAGAGUGUGCAAAUUUAGAUGGCCUUGUCGACUAAUGUAAAAUUAUUUGUAGUGGAAACAUUUAUAUUUUUAUAAUAAACAUUCUCAAAAUA